CGCCAAGUAAAGCUGUCAACGUUUUCGUUUCGAUGAAUGGACGAGAUUCUUCUAUCACUUGAAAUUUGUACUAUUUCUAUUUAUUCUGUAACAAGUUGCGGUGUAUUUAACAGCUGGAGUUAAAUUUAGCGUAUAUCAUUAUAUAAAAUCAGUGCAAAAUGUAUAAAUUAAACGUGUUUCAUUUAUUAUUCUUAGCGACAAUCGUCCAGGUUGCACUCGCUCUAAAGGAAGGCGAAUGCGAAGUUUGUAUCAAAACUGUGGAAAAAUUCGCCGCCACGUUAACAGAUGAUGUAAAAAAGAACCCAAAAUUAAUCGAGGCUGAGUUUAAAAAAUUCUGUAAAGGUUCCAAAAAUAAAGAGAACAGGUUUUGUUACUAUUUGGGCGGGUUAGAAGAGUCUGCCACCGGUAUCCUGGGCGAACUUUCGAAGCCGCUCAGUUGGUCCAUGCCGGCUGACAAGAUCUGUGAGAAGUUGAAGAAGAAGGACGCACAGAUCUGUGACCUCAGGUUUGACAAACAAAUAGACCUGAAGAAUGUAGAUUUAAAGAAACUCAAAGUCCGUGAUUUAAAGAAAAUCCUGAACGACUGGGAUGAGGUCUGCGACGGUUGCAUCGAGAAGACCGACUUUAUCAAGAGAAUAGAAGAGCUGAAGCCCAAAUACAUGGGCAAAUCUGAAUUGUAAAGUAGCUCAAAUAAAAUAAUAGAUUAAUUCAUGGGACACUUAUGUGAUAUCACAUCUCAGUAAAGUCGUGUGCCGCAGUUGCGUCAGUUCUGGAGAUCAACAGACUAUUGCAUUUGAUAAACUGUAUGUCAGUGUGUGUGAAGAAUGCAUGUGUUGAAUAAAUUAUUAUUGCUAUUAAGUAAUUAAAAUAUUUUUUCCAA